AUGUACAACGGAAGCGCCCUGGACGGUGCUUCCGAGGUGCCCUGCCAGCACGGCUGGGAGUACGACGACACGUGGUACACUCAGACGGUGCCGUCAGAGAUGAACUGGGUCUGCGACGACAUGCACAUUGUCAGUGACGCCAUGUUCUAUCCACAGAAUAUUGGAGCAGUCCUGGGACUGCUGUUAGGCUACAUGGGUGACAUGUACGGACGUCGCCCGCUGCAGUUGGCCUGCGUGGUGAUGAACGUCGUCAGCAGGGUGGCGAUGCUGUUCACGCCGUCUCUGCUCCCGCUGUUCGUCGUGGCGGAGUCGCUGGUGGGGGGCGCUGGAGGCGUCAUGCUGGAGUCGGCGGUAUCUGUAGCUGCCAAUGCUCCAUUACUCUAUGGCAUUGCAAUAGCUGAACUAUCAAGACUUAUGUCAUGUAAAAAUGUUCUAUGUCUCUUUGAUACAGCAAUACCUGGACUGUGGUUCCCCGAGUCGCCGCGCUGGCUGACGUGCAGGGGGCGCGAGGAGGAGGCGCUGACCGUGCUGCGGCGGAUCGCGGCCACCAACGGCUCCAGCCUGCCGCCGUUCACCCUGGAGGUGCUGCACCGCGUGGCCAAGGCCAAGCGAGACCGCGUCGGCUACCUGGGUAUCUUCUCCAGCUGGAACCUCUUCAAGAACACCCUCCUGCUCGCCAUGGGCAGGUCCCUGUGCUGGAUGACGAUGUUAGCACUGGUACUGAGCGUGGGCAUCAUCAGCGUGAACCCGCUGGUGGCGGUGUCUGCUCAGGCCGUGGCGCAGGCGGCGUCUGUGCUGCUGCAGCACUACUGUGGGACCCACUUCGGGCGCCAGUGGUCCACCGUCGCGUGUCUGGCGCUGGUCGGCCUCCUGGGUGCACUCUGUGCCGUACUGCUCACAGUUGGUGUUCCGAGUGUCGCCAUGGCAGUGGUAGUGAUGGCCAUGCAGUUCUGGUCGUCGGCUGGUUCAGCUGUCAUCAACCUUCAGAGCAUCGAGGUGCACCCCACGUGUCUGCGACAGAUCACCGCCAGCGUAGAGUGCACUGCUGCUGCUGUUUGCAUGUCUCUUGCUCCGUACAUCGUCUUUCAGGGAGGCUCGGUGGACCGUAGGCUGCCGUUCGCCAUCUUGUCAGCGAUGCACCUGCUGGGAGCGCUGUCGGUGUCGUUCCUGCCGGAAACUGCGCUGCAGAGGCUGCCGGAGUCGCUGCAGGACGCCGCCGAGUUUGGCAGAGGGAGUCCCUACUGGAGCUGGAGACUCAUCGCCCCGCCGUCAUACGUUCAGGGACAAUAG